AUGUCGACCUCGAGAGACGGAGGAACACGCGGACGCGGUCGCGGCACGACCUUUAAUACCGGCGCAUCGCGAUCAUCACCACGGGGCACAUUUGGCGCACCCAGUACGUCUGGUCGAGGAGGCUUCAACACGAAUCGAGGCAUGCCCAACAGCACAUUCCGCGGCAAUGGCGCACCAGCAGCACGAGGUCGAGGACGAGGUCGAGGACGGGACCAGGCGUCUCCAUUCACACCGAAGCCAGCAAUGGGAAGAGCUAGGUCCGGGCUAGGAGGAGCGCCGACAACAGGGAGCUGGGCAGAGCGGCAAGAGAAGCUCAAAGUGCGUCGCGAACAGGAAAAGAAGGAUGCUGUCGCCCAAGGACUUAUGACGGAUCCGGACAAGGCUGUUGCUCUGGCAGAUGCAAUCACUCUCGUGGGAACAUGUCAAGGCAUGUGCUCGGAGUAUGAAAUGGUGUUGAGAGUAAACAGGAAUGAGGUCUUCCCUGAAGAGAAGGUCAACGGCGACCCCAAUGGCGAGCCAGACGAGAGUCGCUUCGUCAAGACGUUCAAGAGGUCUGAAGCUGGAGCGGAAGCGCAACUACCCUCAGAUCUACGCCCACCGACUUCUCUGAAGAGAACUUGCGACUACCUUUUCAACGACAUCAUUGGGAACGCGUCCUUCCUGGGCAAGGUCCACCAUUUCGUGUGGGAUCGGACACGAGCGAUUCGGAACGACUUCUCGAUUCAGCAGCUGACCAAGCUUGACGACAUCCGGAUCGCAGUCGAAUGCUACGAGCGCAUUGCACGCUUCCAUAUUGUGUCGUUGCAUCAGCUAGCACUGGCGGAGAAACCCUACGACAAGUACGAUGCCCAGCAAGAACGCGAGCAACUCGACCGGACCCUUCUCUCGUUGAUGCAGUAUUACGACGACACCCGUGGACGACUGGAGAACGUCAACGAGCCCGAGUUCCGCGCCUACUGUGUUAUUUUCGCAAUCACAAACCCGGUUCCUGAUCUGGAAGACAGCGUGCAAGCAUGGCCAAGGCAACUCACGAAGGAUAAGCGCGUGCAGACGGCGCUGGAAAUCUAUGCCGCUGCCUGCGAAACGACCUAUAAACAAGGUCCUAUGGCACCGAAAGCGAAGCCUGUUACCGCCCAGCAGGAUUGGCAAAGGUUCUGGAGGCUGGUGCAGUCUCGCAGGGUGUCCUACCUGACAGCCUGCGUCUCAGAGAUAUUUUUCAACCUCAUCCGAGAAAUCGCGCUGAAGAGCAUCAUCCGGUGUACACGGCCUGCUCGGAGGAACCCGGAUGGAAGCAUAAUGAAUAAUUCUGAGCUCAGUCUGGAGGCUGUUGCGGACGUACUCCAGUAUGAUGAUCCAGACGAUCUCUACAGCUUCGUUGCUAGAUGGGGGUUGGAGUUUCAAUCUGCUGAAGAUGGAACCAUGUAUCUCGACAUAAGCUAUGUUGGCGGUGCCGCCCUGCCAGAACCGAAAGUUGGGCCAACACAGCAGAAAUCAUUCCUGGUCGAGAGAAAGAGACACGGCAGGACAUUGCCGGCCAUUAUCGAUGGACUAUCUGUGCGACAAGCAACAGACAGAGGCUUGGUAGUCGAGGAGGAACAGGAGGAUGAGAUGGAGGAAGUUGAAGAUGCACAAGAGGAGGAAGUCGAGACUGAAGAUGAAGAGACUGAAGAAGAAGACAAUGACAGUCUAUUCGUCGGGACGUCAAAGAGCCGGCAGGAGCAGAACCAGCAAACCCCAGGCAGUGCUGCGGCGCCUACUCCUAGCAAUCCCUUCGGUCUUCCUGGCACGCCGUUUGGCUCAACGCCUUUUGGUCAACCAAAUAGAGUCAAUGGUGCCACCAAUCCCUUUGGGUCUUCAGGUUUUGGCCAGCCUUCUGGGACUUCUGCCCUCGGCAAACCUCCCACUGCAAUUAACCCAUUCAAGUCGACUGAGGCCGCCAAAAAUGAGGUCGACCCCGCUUCUGCCACGAAGCCUGCGUUCGGGGCUGCUAGCGACUUGUUUGGCAAGCCGGCAGCAAAGGAAAAUCCAUUUGCGGGAGUUUUCAAGACCAAUACUACUGCGGCCCAGGCAAAUGUUUUCACUCCGUCGACCACUUUUGGUCUUUCCGCCGACAACAGUCAAGCUGCACCAAAGUCGUCUUUCGGUGCCGCUUCUGGCUUCGGUGCACCAUCAACCACAGGGGUAUCUGCGUCCAGCGCACCGCAGGCGGCGAAACCUCAGACGCCCAGUCCGAUCAAGAAGGGCCCGUUCGAGGAAGAAGGCUCGCCGACAAGUCUUAGCCCUAAAAAGCAAGACUUUUCACGAUCUAAAGAGGCCUCGAAGCUGCCGUCGCCAACCAAGCAGACUAGCGAGGGUCCUGCAGCGCCAAGCCUGUUUGCGCGAUCUGAAACGAACUCUAAAUCGGCGCCAGUAUCACAACCACCACAAACAGCAGCUGCGCCAACAGCAACUUCAUCACAACCAACGACAAGCCAGUCAAUACCACCUGGCGCGCAAUCACCCACCAAACGGCGGUCCUCGGAUAUUCACAACAAGCCCAAGAGACCGAGUCCACUUUCGAACUCAUUCACUGCCACCGAGGACAGCACAACACGUGCGACCCAACACACGGAAAGUGACACUGCGCGCGCACAAUCUCCACCUCCGCCCGAAAAGACUACGGAUGAACUUCUCACCGAGGUUGCCGACAUUGUGACCUUUGAUCCCGCUUGGGGUGUCUGGAAGCAGUUUGUCGACUUUCAGGUCAGCCAAAUCGUCGCAAAAGCGCAGAAGAAAGUCGAACGCGAAAUCGAGGCCGCCGAGCUGUAUAGGUCACGCGCUAUCCGUGUCCUACUUCAAUUGCGGGACAGCGUACGGAAAGGACGGUUGCGCGCGAAGGCAACGGCAAUGAGAGAGCGUACCCGCCGAAGGCUUCGUGAAUCAACUGCGAGCAACGGAUCGGGUAUCGCAACAAUGGAGAACAGUGUCUCAAGCCUGAAAGCGAGCGCAGCCGCUUCGCAAGCACAGGCGAAUGGGGUCAGUCGAGGGAACUCGGACCUGCUGCGGCAGUCUACUGCACGUGGCCGCCAAUCACACCUCGAUGGCCAGACGCAGGCGGGUAGCAAGAGGUCGGCUUCAGCAUACGGCUCCGAUUUGGCUGCUUCAACCAGCUCACCAAUGCACAAGCGACAGAAGAGUAUGAGCCAUGUGGACGAUCAAGGCAAAGUCACCAAGCCUACACUAUCGAAUGACACGAACGACGAUAUACUGAAGCGCUCGUCAUUCCUCGGCUUCUCGAGUCGUGACGUUCAGCAACGCGCCAACACGACCAAGUCUACUUACUUCCGCAUGAAGGCUUUAGGUCUGCAGGGUCGCAAUCGUGGUGUAGACUUGGCCGCUUCUCGAGGCACUAAGCGAGAACGCUCAGAAUCGUUGGAUGCUGCUUCAAUGCCACCUCCGGCGCGGCCAAGCGCGUCCACAGCCGUCGCAUCGAGUCCAGACGCACCCAGUGUCGUAUCCGCAAGAUCUGUGCGAGCGAAGACUGACGAGGAAGAUGAUAUCCUUUUCGCUCGUCUAAAAGCACUCAGGGAGUCUUUACACGAUGGUGAGAAGGUCAUUCAGGAGGCAAUGGCCAGGGAAGAGCUACGUCGAAGCUUGAAUGAGUCGCAGUCGUCCAACGAGUCACCUUCACUUGCGAGAGCGCGCGCAGAGGCUCGCCUUCGAGCAUCGAGAGGCAACUCCCAAAGCCGCGAGCGCGAUGUGCCCGCGUACCGACUACGCGAGAGUCGCUUCGUACCACGCGAAGAAUAUCACCUGGCCGAAGAGCGUGCGCGACAGACGCGCGCGUCAAGGGACAACAGCAGAGUCGGAUCGCCCCAAGGAUCAAGAGCUCCCGGCGUGUCCACGAACAUUGCUGGUGCAGCGAGCGCGAGGAACACCGCUUCCAUACUUUUCAACUCGCCACCAAAGCCUGCUCGGCCUUCCAAGCCACCGCCGGGCUAUGGUGCUGCACUUCCAUCGACCACAACUCCCUCGUUCGGGUUUGGUGCUCCAUCACAGGCGCCUGCAGUCCAGCCCACGGUGCCUGAUCCAACGACACGUAAUCCCUUCUCGCAGUCGUCUUCGUUCGCACCAUCGACUAACGGUCAGAACCCGUUCUUGCAGACAUUUGGAGCGACCAAUGCGACAUCCUUCGAUGACUUUCCGCAGGAUAACACUUUGCCGCCAUCACAACUCAAUGGCACUUUGGCACGUUCCUUCGGCCCGCCCUCUCAAGCCGCUCAGAAUCCUUUUGCUCAGACUACCCAAAAGAGCCAGUCACCUCCACCGCCAAACUCCUACAUGCCAUCGCAGGCCGCUUCAGAAGCCAUCUCGUUACUAUCGGAUGACGAAGAAGAGCCUCAUCAGCCAGGCGAGGAGGAGCAUCAGAGCGGCCAUGGCCAAAAUGCAUUCCUGGAUCAGACUACAGAGAAUGACAUCGAUGGUGCCUUUGCCGGACGUAGCAAAACUGUGUCUUUCGACCAGGAGGCUGCAAGCCAGGCAUUGGUGCAAGGGGCGUACAAUUACACGAACAAUCCGUUCGCAGCUCUGGCUGACGGUGUAGCGGACGGAAAUAAGGAGUACGAGGAGCACUACGAAGAGGAAGGUGAGGAUGACGACCAGCAAGAGACAGCUCCUCAGCCUGACAGCUACCAAUACUCGGAUGAACAAGAAGGCGAAUAUGAAGGCGAUGGCACGCCGAUCGACGAGUACUCAGAUGACGAAGCACCUAAUGGCUACAUCGACGACGAGGCAUCAGAUGCUGGCGACAUCGAGGAUGAAGACGGUGACAUCGAAGACGAGGACGGCGACAGCGGAGCAGAGCGUCCUGCAGACUGGAACAGUGACCAGGACGGACACUGGGACUUCAGCGAUGGUGACGAUGACGAGGACGACGAUGAGCCUCGCGGCUUCGCACCAUUGAACAACGCGUACAACCAACGUGUCAUGCAAUCCGCACCGGCCAAAGAUCCGGCUUUGCAGUUUGUGGGGAACACGCAAGAAGAAGCGAUUGAGCUUAGCGACUGA